UCCAAGAACAGGAAGAAGUCAUCGUUCCCCCCCCUAUUUUUUAGGCGAUCUCGAGCGCCUCCCUGAUGCUCUGAUCGCUUUUGUGCUCGUCAGGCGUCCCCUAAUUCAUGUUGUCUUUAGUCAACGCUUGUCGGCCAGCUUCACUUAGCGACUGGUUAUUCAGCUUCUCAAGUAUAGUGAGGAAGGGUGAAAAAAACGACUCGAAAACUUUUGUUCGUCGACAUCUUGACAGCAAAAGUUCUGCAAAGUAGUUAUUUGGAACCAGAGAUGUAUUAUUAUCGCUAUGACAACGCUGAGGUCAGCUGCUGCUACAAAUACCUCAUGUUUACGUACAACGUCAUCUUCUGGCUGGUCGGCGUGGUCUUCAUCGCGGUGGGUUUCUGGGCGUGGAGUGAAAAGGGUGUCCUGCUGGACUUGGCGCAGGUGACCCGUCUUCGAGGUUUGGAUCCGGUGUGGUUGCUGCUGCUGGUGGGCGCGGUCACCUUCAUCCUGAGCUUUGCGGGAUGUGUGGGAGCUCUGCGAGAAAACUUCUGCCUGCUCAAGUUUUUUUGCGGCAUCAUCGGCUUGAUCUUCUUGGUGGAGCUGGCUGUCGCCGUGCUGGCUGUGCUUUUCCAGAGUCAGAUGCGAGAAUGGAUCAACGGCUUCUUCCUAGCCAACAUCAAAGUGUACCGAGAUGACAUCGACCUGCAGAACUUGAUCGACUCGCUGCAGAGGACGAAUCACUGCUGCGGUGCACAACAUCCCGACGACUGGGACGUCAACGUUUACUUCAGCUGCAACGGAACGCAUCGAAGCAGAGAGAAGUGCGGAGUUCCGUUCUCCUGCUGCGUCGCCGAUCCCGCCGACACAGUGUUGAACACGCAGUGUGGCUACGACGUGAGAAAGAAAGACAAGGCAGAGUGGCCGGAUCAUAUUUACAUGAAAGGUUGCAUUGCUGCGCUGGAAGACUGGUUACCUGAAAAUCUUUACACGCUGGCUACCGUCUUUGUCGUCAUCUCUCUGCUGCAGAUGGUUGGCAUCUACCUGGCCAGGUCGCUCAUCUCAGACAUUCAAAAGGUCCGAUUCUCUAACUGAACCCAGCAGCGGCGGAUGUGGCUGGAUCUCUUGGGAGCUUGAAGACGAUGGAUAGAAAGACUGCUUCAGCUCUGUGGCCCCUCCUCACUUGUGAUGGUUGAGCUGCAGCUGUUUUUCCCUUUUUGAUCUUUUCUCUACUCAGGCUUCUAAGUCACAAGACCACACAGUGUCACUCCAAUUUGCAAAUACGGUUGGCAACGUUAAAAGACAAACAGGAAGUGAAGGUGUGACAUGAUCUGUUGGUUUUUCACACUGGAUUCCUUGAGCUCCGCCUCAUGGCUGAACAACUAAGUGUGAAAGCGUUUUGCAUUAAAAAGUUACUUUUUAUACGCA